UUUCUCGAAGAAGGCCAAUUUUGACAAAUGACGUGAAAACUACUGCAAAGGAAAAUGUCACAUAGAAGUGGUGGCGUAGAUGUCAUUGUUGAAAGUGUUGGCGACAGUCCAUUCUGUCCCCAUGGUCCAAUGCUGAUGUUUGAGAAGUUCUGUGGCACGGAUUCCAAAGGCAGGCGUUUCUAUGCCUGUUCUGCGUUUCGAGAUCGCAAAGACUGCAACUUCUUCCAGUGGGCAGAUGAAAAAAUAUCACCAGAAAAACAGUUAGCUCGAGAUGAACGCCACAAACAGCUGGAGACCAGCGUACAAGCUGAAGGAAAACGAAACAGACGUGACGAAUUCAAGAACCUGCCACCUGAAGAGAGAGCCUUAUGUCAGACUUGUGGAAAGCUGUUGUUACCGGCAGAGAGAAAUUCUCAUGGAGAUGGUCACAGAGUUAUCUCCCCUGUAACAAAUGAUGACUUUAAACGACCAACCAGCCUUUUUGUACCUUUGGAAAAUAACAAGACAUAUGCACAAUAUCUGUUUGGGGGAUCGUCAGUAAAGUUCACCAUAGACACGGUGAGAAGGCUGGGCUUCACCAAACUGCUGUGUGUAGGAACUCCCAGAAUUCAUGAAGAAAUUCAGAACUUGAGGGAAUCUCCCACAGAAACACUGAAGAGCCUUCUGCUAGAUUUGGAUCACAGAUUUGAACAGAUUUGGCCGCCUGAACUGUUUUGUCGAUACAACAUGUUUAAUCAUUACUUUUUCCAUGGGAGAAGUUCUGAAGAAGCUUUCCACAAGUUUGUAUCCAAAGAUGCUGAUGAGAAAUUGAUUAUUUUAAUGGAUCCGCCAUUUGGUGGAAUGGUGGAAGCUUUGGCGUCAACACUGAAGAAAAUUUCUGAAGCAGCAAAUGGAUCAAAAUCUGAUGUGUUGUGUCCCAUGUUCUGGUAUUUCCCAUACUUCAUGGAGAAGAGAAUCCUGGAGGCUUGCCCAGGCUUGACGAUGCUGGAUUAUAAAGUAGAUUAUGAUAAUCACAGCCUGUUCCAUGCAGGAGACAAGGGGAGGAAGGAAGGAUCACCAGUAAGAAUAUUUACCAACCUCCCACCAUCCAAAGUGGUAUUACCCAAAACAGAAGGUUAUUGGUUUUGUAAGAAAUGUCUGCGCUAUUCAGCCCCAGAAAACUGGCACUGUCAAAAAUGUGGGAGCUGUACCAGUAAGGAUGGGAAGAGUUACGUUCACUGUGAUCUUUGUGGAAGAUGCGUGAAACCAUCACGUGUUCACUGUGAGGUGUGUCAACAGUGUGAGUUAGCUGACCACAGGUGUGGAGCUGUCAAUUCUACAGGAUGCCAUGUUUGUGGAGCUUUAGAACACAAGAGGAGAGACUGUCCAAAUAAAAGUCAUAUUUGCAGAAAGAUUCAAAAACGACUAGGAGAAAAAAUGCCACGCAAAAUCAGAAAGAGUCGCCGGAAAUAAAGCAGCUUUUGUCUUGAGGAACAUUGAAGUAGUUGUAGGAUUUAUUUACCAUGACACUAAACCACAGUUGUGCGUGUGUAUACAACAGAUAUGAUUUUUCUGUGAACUGUUGGACACUAAACCACAGGUGAGGAUGUGUAUACAACAGACAUCGUUUUCUGUUAACAGUGGGACACUAAACCACAGGUGAGGACAUGUAUACAACAAACAUGGUUUUCUGUUAACAGUGGGACACUAAACCACAGGUGAAGAUGUGUAUACAACAGACAUGAUUUUUCUGUGAAAUGUUGGACACUAAACCACAGUUGAGGACGUGUAUACAACAGACAUGUUUUUCUGUUAACAGUGGGACACUAAGCCACGGGUGAGGAUGUGUAUACAACAGACAUGGUUUUCUGUUAACAGUGGGACACUAAGCCACAGGUGAGGAUGUGUAUACAACAGACAUGGUUUUCUGUUAACAGUGGGACACUAAACCACGGAUGAGAACGUGUAUACAACAGACAUGUUUUUCUGUUAACAGUGGGACACUAAGCCACAGGUGAGAACGUGUAUACAACUGACAUGGUUUUCUGUUAACAGUGGGACACUAAACCACAGGUGAAGACGUGUAUACAACAGACAUGGUUUUCUGUUAACAGUGGGACACUAGACCACAAGUGAGGACGUGUAUACAACAGACAUGUUUUUCUGUGAACUGUUGGACACUAAACCACAGGUGAGGACGUGUAUACAACAGACAUGGUUUUCUGUUAACAGUGGCCCACUAAACCACGGAUGAGAACGUGUAUACAACAGACAUGGUUUCUGUUAACAGUAGGACACUAAACCACGGAUGAGAACGUGUAUACAACAGACAUGGUUUUCUGUUAACAGUGGCCCACUAAACCACGGAUGAGAACGUGUAUACAACAGACAUGGUUUCUGUUAACAGUGGGACACUAAACCACGGAUGAGAACGUGUAUACAACAGACAUGGUUUUCUGUUAACAGUGGCCCACUAAACCACGGAUGAGAACGUGUAUACAACAGACAUGGUUUCUGUUAACAGUAGGACACUAAACCACAGGUGAGGACGUGUAUACAACAGACAUCUUUUUCUGUGAACAGUGGGACACUAAACCACAGGUGAGAACGUGUAUACAACAGACAUGGUUUUCUGUUAACAGUGUAACACUAAACCACGGAUGAGAACGUGUAUACAACAGACAUGGUUUUCUGUUAACAGUGGGACACUAAACCACAGGU